UUUUUUCGUAUAACGUCGCCUGGGCUGUGCUUCACGCUUUUCGCCUGCUUAAUAUUUUUGUUGAAGUGUAAAUAACAGUGAACUUUUUAUAAAUUACUCCCCUUUGUAAGGAUUAUGGCUUCUUCUACUUCCAUCGAUGGGGAUACCUUUGGCAGUCUGAUUCUUAUCAGGAAAAAAGAUGGAUACCCAGUUCCAUUCGACCUAAGCCCUGGGCAGGUUACAUUUGGCGGAGGAGAUAAUGCAGAUAUCCGAUUAAAAAUUGCGGAUAAACGGUUGCGGGACAUGCAUUGUUUUAUUUAUAUAGAUGAAAAUGGAGUGGCCACACUAGUCAACAAAGCUGGUGAUGAUACGGUUAAAGUAAAUGACAGGCCAGUGAAAAAGAUGCAUGUGUUAAAUCAUCAAGAUGCGAUAGAUGUUCUUGGAAAGAUAUUCCUAUAUGAAAAUGAGAAUUUACGGUGUGAUGAAGUACAAACAGGAAAUGCUGUACCCGGUAUAUCUUCCAGAAAUACUAUACAUGUGUUGGCACAGAAAAAGAGCCCUACAAAGAGUCCUACUUUGAAAGUUAAGUCACCUGUACAGAGAAGACGUAGCAGCUUGAGGCACUCAUCCCAGAUGUCUGUGAUUGAACUUGAUUCACCAGAAAAAUCGUUAGAAGGCAAGAAGUCUCUAAACAGGUCGUCGCUAAACGGAACCCCAAGACAAGUCUACGCACCAGUCGUGGAAGAUGUGUCUCCCGCGACACCCCCGAAUUCGAAGGGUGAUGACGCGAUCAAAACGCCUCUCAAUACUCCUGGCCUAUUCGAAGAUCUUAGGAAGAGCGUUCUACAGUCUAGAACGAGGAGAUCCGGCAAGAAAGAAGAGCCUGCUGUUGAAGAAAGCGAGCAGAAUAUCAACAAUAAAAGGGGCAGGAAUUCUAGCAUAGCUUCUCAAAGCUCUGUGAAGAAAAGGAGGACGAUAACGUACUCAGUUGAAGACGCUUCUGAGGUUGAGAUAGUAGAAGAAAGUGUCGAGUCUUUCAACUCAACUGAAGAUUGGCCUGAAAUAUCUCAAGACCAAACAGACCAUGAGCAUAGGCUUUCUGAUCUGACAAUUGCUUCUUUUGCGAAUCAACCAUUCUCAAAGGUCUUGUCUGAACCGAGAGUAAGGCAAAUGAAGUCUGUACGACUAUCCAGGCACAAUAAAACUAUCGCUGUGGACAAUCUCGAUGGUCCGGAACCAAUCGUCAAAUGUAGUUUCCUCUUGGAGAACGGACUUCGAGAAGAUCUGUUAGACAAAUCUCCCAAACCUUCGACUAGCAAUUUCGUCAAGUCCACUACCUCGGCCUCAAGUCACUUCAUAAGGAACAAAUCAUUACUGAUCGGCUCACCAGCCUCGGCAAAAUUAAAAAGAUUGCAACAAUCUCCCAAAACGGUCAAAGGAUCUCCAAAACUGAAUGUUUCUGAAAAUCUUUCCAAAUUUGUCGGAUUGAAACAGCUGAUGCGUAGGCGCACAAGUCUUUCUUAUAUAUUCGGAAUAAAAAAUUUUAUGUCGGCUCAAAACAAGUCACCGAAGAAUGACACAAUCCAGGAUUCUAUGGAUGAAACAAUAGUAACUGAUUCUUCUAGAUCGAGUAGAACUCUAAAAUUGACUGAAAAUGCCAAGGCUAUAAAGUCUCCCAGACUAUCUACGAAUUUUACCAGGACUCCGCUAGAUGCUAUGAAGAGAUCGAUGUCUACGCCGAAAUCAAUGAAAAAACUUGAAUAUGAAAUUCUUGAUCUAAGCGCAGUAAAAACGCCUAGCAGUGAAUUACAAACACGUGCAUCCAAGACAUCUGUGACGGAAAAUGCUCAAAAUGAUUCUACAAGAACUAAUAAGGUUUUAGCAAGCUCAAUUCCAAAAGAAACUGUAGACGCCGAUAAGACCAAAAGAUUGUCUCGAGCAUCAAGCCGCUUUGAUUCGUCUGAAUAUGAAUUACUAGAUCUAUCGAAAACGGUUCGAGUAGAUCAAUCACGUAAGGGCUUGUUAAAUACUAGCGGAAAAAGAACACUAAAAAAUGUGUUCCUAAAUGGCAAUGGACCCAAGAACUCCAUUUUAUCACCUAGAGGAAUCAACUCUCUCCAAGUGAAGAAUGCAGUGGAGACUCUAAAGACGUAUGCAAGCCUCCCAGACUUGAACGCAGCUGCCACAAGAUCUACAGCUAAUACUUCCAAACGGUCACUGUCAACAUCUAAACAUCGGAACUCCGCUGAAACAUUCGAUGUAGAAAAAGAUAAAUCAGUCAUUGAUCAGUACGACGAUGACCUUCAAGAAGUCAGCAAAACCAGAAAAUCUUCGUCAACUUCUCAAGAAUUGGAUUCGCCUGACAUUGAGAUUAAAAAGAGAAGUUGGUCAUUGAGAAGCUCAAAAUCGAAUACUCGAGCAGGCGGUGACGAUUUAGAAAUCAAUAGAAGGUCCACGAGACGGUCAAGCGCAUGUCAGUAUCCAGCUGAUUUUAUUAGUAUUGAUCUGUCAGGAGUCAGUGGGUCUCUCAUAAGUCUCAAAACAUCAAGUAGUGAUCAGAGCCCUGAUGUAAUUAAAAUCUGUGAUCUAGGGGACAACUUAUUGGAAGCACCGAGUGCUUUCCGAUAUGAUGAAGGCACUGUUGAAGCAGAUGUAACAGAAUCAUUGUCUAGAAAACAAAGUGCUUCCAGAAAAUCUCUGAAAAAUAGUGAUUCCUUCCCACGUAAUGCAAGAAGAUCAAGUGUGGUAGCAGAUUAUGAGAUUCCCAAUCAUACUAGAACAAGAACAAGUUCACUAAGCCAAAAGUCUGCAUCUGAGACUAGUUUGAUAAAUAUAAAUGAUCCAAGAGUUUCCAUGUCAUUUUCAAGGAGGCUGACAAAAACACCAACUGCUGGUGUCAUAACACCUCUUUGUGAAUCUGGUGCUUGGGAAACCGUUCAAUCGAGGAAGUCAUCGCCUGACAUCAACCAACUUCAGAUGAGCUUAAUAAGAGUAUUAAAAACAGGCAGUGGAAAUGAUGAAAAGCUUGUUUCAGGUUCGAGAAGAUCAAUGGCAGAUUCAAGCAUACAGGAUCUUGAAGAUGGCAUAAGGAGUACGCGUGCUUCAAAAGCUUCGUUUUCUACAUCCAAACUUGAAACAAGUGUAUCAAGGACACCCAGUGAUUCAAAGAAACAUAUAUCUGUAUCUCAAACGGCUUCUCCUGUAUUUACAUCUGUUUCAGACGAGGACGUCGCAUUGGAACUCGAUCCAGAAAAAGGUGAACUUGAAAAGCUAACGAGUACACCCAAAACAGAAGAGUUUGAUGAAAUGAAUCUCACUUCAAAAUCGACAAGACAAUGUAGUAGGUUCAUUGAAGAAGUCCUGAAUAUCCCAUUGUCCAAAGCAUCUUCCGUUUCAACCAGAGAUUCUAACACGCCUAAAGCUCUAAAAUCUCCAAACAAUGACUUAACAGGCGUUCGUGAAGUGAAGAGAUUGCUCAAAACUCCAAAAUCUCCCGAGAAAAAUCUGCCGGACAUUCGUGGAGUAAAGAAACUGCUUCAAACUCCUCAAGUACAAAAAUCUCCCGAGAACGAUCUGUCGGACUUUCGUGGAGUAAAGAAACUGCUUCGAACUCCUAGAGUACAAAAAUCUCCCCAAAACGAUCUGUCGAACAUUCGUGGAGUGAAGAACCUACUUAAAACACCCAAAGUUUCAAAAUCUCCCGAGAACGAUUUGUCGGACGUUCGUGGAGUAAAGAAACUGCUUCAAACUCCUAGAGUACAAAAGUCUCCCAAGAAUGAUCUGUCGAACAUUGGUGGAGUGAAGAAGUUACUCAAAACACCCAAGGUCCCAAAAUCACCCAAGAACGAUCUGUCGAACAUUGGUGGAGUGAGGAAGUUACUCAAAACACCCAAACUCCCAAAAUCUCCCAAGAACGAUCUGUCGGACAUUCGUGGAGUGAAGAAGCUACUGAAAACACCCGAAGUUCCAAAAUCUCCCGAGAACGAUUUGUCGGACGUUCGUGGAGUAAAGAAACUGCUUCAAACUCCUAAAGUACAAAAAUCUCCCAAGAACGAUCUGUCGAACAUUGGUGGAGUGAAGAACUUACUCAAAACACCCAAAGUCCCAAAAUCCCCCAAAAACGAUCUGACCGACAUUCGUGGGGUAAAGAAACUGCUUCGAACGCCCAAAGUACGAAAAUCUCCCAAGAAUGAUCUUAGCAACAUCGUCCCGUUGAAAAUGUUAAUGUCUACUCCAAAACCGCUAAAAGAACAUAUUAACGAUUUAUCUAAUGUGUCUGGGGUUAAAGACCUGUUCAUUGAAAAACAAGAAGAACUAUUUGAUUCUCUGUUCAACAAGAAACCGGUAAGAAAGUACAGCGGCAGACUUUCUACAUCCAGAACUGAAGAGCAAUUGGGAGAUCAAGAUGACGUGGAUGUUUCUGACAAAAAUGAAAAGGUUGAGCAAUGGGUGAAUCAACAGGACUUUAAUGUCGAGGAUUCGGAAACCCUCAAUGAAGUUAGAAAAACUCCAAAAACUCAGAAAAACAACCCUGAGAAGGUUGGGGAAACUGUUGAUGUUAGUCUUCAGAAGACAAGACCUAAGAGAGGACAGAACAAAACCAAUGAAAAUGCUUGUUCAGCCGAUAUUCUACAAGAACCUGAACAGAAAACACGAGGUAAGAAGAGGAAAGUUGCAGAACCAGCCAAAGUAGAAGUCGAAAGUAUUAGCAACAAUAUUGAAGAUAAAGCAAUAAAGACUAGACGAAAUGAGAAAGCUGAAGUUGAAGUAACUGUCGAAAAAGACACGACCAAAGACGUUCAAGAAGUUGCCGCGAAACCAGUUGGCAGGCCAAGACGAAAUAAGAAAACCGAACUUGAAGAAACUGUCGAAAAAAAUAAAGCAAUAAAGACUAGACGAAAUGAGAAAACUGAAGUUGAAGUAACUGUCGAAAAAGACACGACCAAAGACGUUCAAGAAGUUGCCGCGAAACCAGUUGGCAGGCCAAGACGAAAUAAGAAAACCGAACUUGAAGAAACUGUCGAAAAAGACAGUGACAAAAACAUUCACGACAAAGCUGUGAAACCAGCUGGCAGGCUAAGGCGGAAUAAGAAAACCGAACUUGAAGAAACUGACGAAAAAGACAGUGACAAAAAUGUUCAAGACAAAGCUGUGAAACCAGCUGGCAGGCUAAGGCGGAAUAAGAAAACCGAUAUUGAAGAAACUGUCGAAAAAGACACUAGCAAAGACAUUGAAUGCAAUGCAGUAAAACCAGCUGGCAGGCGGAAUAAUAAAACAGUUGAAGAAAGCGUCGAAGAAGACAGUGAGAGAGACAUUCAAAACAAAGUAGUGAAGACAGCUAGCAGGCCAAGAAGAAACUUGAAAACCAAAAUUGAAGAAAGUGUUACUUCAGGCGCGAGCAAAACGAAUGUAGAUGAAUCAGUGAAACCAAUCAGCAGAUCCAAGCGAAAUGAGAAGGCUGAAAAUGGAGAAAGUAUUAAGAACAUUAACAAAAGGACCGAAUAUGAAACUGCCAGCAGAUCAGGAGAUAACAAAGAAAAGAAGAUCGAGAAAAAUGACUCUGAAGAUAAACCUAUGAGAAUUACAAGAGGUAAAAAAAAAGUUGUUAACCCUAGCCUUAACGACGAAACCACAAGCAGAAGACCGAAAAAAGAUCAAACUGUUGAAUCUGUGAAAGUUACUAAAGGUAGACAGAAAAAGGCUACACUCAAUGAGGAAGAUGUUGAAGAAGAGAAAGAUCCUACCUAUUUUAGGAGACAUGUGUUCAUGGAGGUAGCUGAAUCAAAUGAAGCUACUACGCCUGUUCAGCACCGGCGAUUAAAAAAUAAGAAAGUAAAGGAGAUUGAAGAAGAAAAACCGAAAAGAUCAAGAAGGGCAAAAGGCGAUUACGAGAAAUACGGAGAGGAGUUUGUAUCGGAAAGUCCUUUAACCGCAAAACGACGACGCAAGAAAUAGAAAUAAGAUCUGACAUUAUUUUUAUUUGUUUUAAUGUAAAUAUGUCUUGCGUUUUUAUUCGUAUAGUUUAUUUUUUAUAAAUGCAAUGUUUUAAUAACGAAUUCCUUUAGUGUUUGUACAAA